UUGACGUGCGUCCCAGAGAGUAGGUGAGAAGUCGCCGCGGCCCGUCCGGCAGACGGAAGUACAGCCGUGCACCUCGGCGUGCCGCCGGCCGAACGCGCGCCUCGACCAUGGUGCUGAAUCAGUGUCCCCCGCGACUGAAACGCCUGGUCCUCAACCGCCCGGGGAGGUGGGGCGACCCGGACGCGUCCGCGACCGCGUCGACUGUCGGAGCCGUCCACACGGAACCCGUCGGCGGCGUCGAGAAGCCGUGGGGAUGGAGACGAGCCGCUGGACCGAAGACUCUGCAUCUUUCUGCCGUGGCUCGGACGUCGGUGAGAGAGCUGCGGACCUCCACCAGAGCCCUCCAGUAUGACCUGAGGCCAGACAUGCCGAAGUCUGAAGGCCGGAAGCUGUUUUUCGAUACGCACGCGGUGGUGCGACUCUUCGAAGACAACGGCUUCACAACUCAGCAAGCUGAGGCGAUGGUUAAAGUGCUGGUGAGGAUGACCAACUCCAACAUGGAUGUCGUCUACAGUGACAUGGUAACCAAGGUGCAGCAGGAGAUAAUGCUGCAGCGUGUGAUGUCUCAAAUAGCGGCUGUAAAGAAAGACAUGAUAAUCCUGGAGAAGAGCGAGUUCUCCACUUUGCUGGCAGAGAAUGAGAAACUCAAGAUCCAGUUACUGCAGCUCAAGGUGCAACUGGCUGAUGUAAUGAAUAAAGUGCGCUCGGACACUAUCUUGGACAUGAAUUUGGAGAAAAGCCGCGUGAAGGAAUUGAAAGCACAGCAUGAGAAGAAGCUUAUGGAAACACGAACUGAAAUUAUGGAAAUGACUGCGGAGCAAGAUCGUCAUUUGACUCAGACUAACAUGAAAAUAGACACUGAGGUGGCUGGCUUGAAAACCAUGCUAGAGUCUCAUAAACUGGAUACGAUAAAAUACCUCGCAGGUUCAGUGUUCACCUGUCUCACUGUGGUCUUGGGUUUCUAUCGCAUUUGGAUGUGAACAGUCGUCAACACGCAGAAACGUCUGCCAAACGUUUGGUGAGCGUUCCCAUGGAAGCCCAGUGUUCUUGUCAAAUUCUGUUUCGACCUGUCACCAGGCCAUGCGGUGGGUAUCAGGCCGACCUGAGCUAACGCUGGAACUUCCGGUGCAAACGCCGAACCUGUCGCCAUCCAGAGACCAGUUCCCUUU